GUCACUUUCUCUUUUCUUUUGUUUUUCAACUUUAAAAAUUUUAAUAUCUGAAUUUCGAAACGAGACCACAAAAUCCCGCUCACGCAGUCACGCUCCUCCUAUUUCAACACACACUCUCUUCGCUGUUGUAGAUCAUUCUCAUUCUCUAUAUUCGAUUUUCUGUGACAAAGGUUUGGCUUGUUGAAUCAGUGGAGUGUUUUUUUAUAAUUUGAAAUCAUGCAUAGAGCUUCUUCUAAGCACACUAAUGCGAAGAAAGAAGCAAUCUCUACUUCGAAAAUUCGAGAUAAUAAUGUGAGAGUCACUAGAUCAAGAGCUAAGGCCUUAGGAGUGUCGAAUUCUCCAUCAAAACCCGCUUUUAAACAUGAAACGAAGCGUGUUGCUAGACCGAGUAAUAAACGAAUGGCAUCGGAUAAUAUCACAGUUUGUAAUCAGAAAAGACGAGCGGUGCUCAAGGAUGUGACUAACACUUUGGCAGAAAGUAUAAUUUCUACAGAAGGCAAUGUUAAGGCUUGCAAGCGAGGUGGUAAAGAAACUAAGCAAAUAGAAGAAGAUGGUUUGGUAGAUGUGGAUGGCGAAAAAUCUAAACUAGCAGAAGAUUUGUCAAAGAUUAGAAUGGUUGAAUCUUUAGAUGCAUCUGCUUCAAAGCAAAAAGAAGACAGAUCUGAUGUCACAGAUUGUGUUCAGAUUGUAGAUAUAGAUUCAGGUGUCCAAGAUCCUCAGUUUUGUAGCUUAUAUGCUGCAAGUAUAUAUGACAGCAUUAAUGUUGCAGAGCUUGAACAAAGACCUUCAACUAGCUAUAUGGUGCAAGUGCAGCGAGAUAUCGAUCCAACGAUGCGCGGAAUUCUGAUUGAUUGGCUCGUGGAGGUCUCUGAAGAGUACAAGUUGGUUUCAGAUACACUUUACCUUACCGUGAAUCUAAUUGAUCGGUUCAUGUCUCAUAAUUACAUUGAAAAGCAGAAGCUCCAGCUACUUGGUAUCACUUGCAUGUUAAUAGCCUCCAAAUACGAAGAGAUUAGUGCACCGCGGUUGGAGGAGUUUUGCUUCAUUACAGACAAUACAUACACAAGACUAGAAGUACUAAGUAUGGAGAUUAAAGUUUUAAACUCUCUUCAUUUUCGGUUAUCAGUUCCCACCACCAAAACGUUUCUCAGGCGGUUCAUUCGCGCCGCUCAAGCGUCUGAUAAGGUUCCUCUCAUUGAAAUGGAGUACUUAGCCAACUAUUUCGCGGAACUAACUCUCACAGAAUAUACUUUCCUAAGGUUCCUUCCAUCCCUAAUUGCCGCUUCAGCGGUUUUCUUAGCAAGAUGGACACUCGACCAAUCUAACCAUCCUUGGAACCAAACUCUACAACACUAUACAAGAUAUGAAACAUCCGCUCUAAAAAACACGGUACUUGCAAUGGAGGAGUUGCAGCUCAACACCAGUGGAAGCACUCUUAUCGCUAUACACACCAAAUACAACCAACAAAAGGUAUAAUAAUAAAUUCAAUCUAAGAAAGUGGACACUGAAUCUGAAUUUGGUCUCUCUCACUCUAUAUGAAUAUUUGACAGUUUAAAAGAGUGGCAACAUUAACAUCUCCUGAACGUGUGAACACACUCUUCUCAAGAUGAAACCGCAGAUUUUCUGAUUCUCCUGAUAUGACCAAGUCAGCACAACUCUCUGGCUUCAGCAGUUUGUAUCAGGUGAUCAUCAAUCCUAGUUUCAGACAUCAGUUUUGGUCUCUACAGUUAUGGAAUAGUUUUCCUUGUAAGUUGUCUGUCUAUCUUUUACCUGUAACUGUUGUUAGUGUCAGGUGCUUCCAAAGAAGUGCCAUCUCAUGGAAAAUUGUAUCAACCAAAACACAAUUUUGACUCAUUGAGAUUUGUCCUUCACAGUAAAAAAAUGUUAUAGAUUUUUGUAGACUCAUUAAUAAAAGCAAGUGUUCAUGCGCC